AUGACUCAGACGCGGCUCUUCGUGCGGGUGGAGCAACUGAGCUUUGGAAUCAUGGCUGUGAUUUUGAAUGAAUUUGAAACCAGUUUGGAGAGCGCGGAGCAUGGCGAAGCCCACCAAGGCAAUGCCACCUGGGAGAGGUACUUGGAGAGGAGAAACCUUGUUCUGCAGUUCCUGCACUGCGACCUGAGCCUCCACCACCUCCAGCACUACUGGAACAAACUCGAGCUUCUGAAGAAGUGUUACUUUUACUUGGAGAUUGAGCCCAAACACGUGACCGUCAGAAACCAGAACCACGUGAUGCAGCGCACUGACAUCUUGGAACUAAUAGACCCCUGCCGAUUCCAGAGGUUGAAGAAGAUGGGAAAAAACCAGACUGAAAUCCAGCUGUCGCUCUUAACCGAGCUGUUACAGCAGAUGGAACGAGGCUGGGAGGAGCUGAGCUGUUACGUAGAGACCUGUGACGCGGUAACCUUCCUCUCCCAGUGGGACUUGGUGGUGCAGAAACUGUCCAAGCUCACCGAGUUUAUGGGAACGUUCCUUUCCUUGCAAGCGCCAGGAAAGCUCUACGUCAAGCAGUGGUUGGUGUCGCACGAAGGUCUUCGAGGUUCACGACUCCUCAACAUCAAGCUUUCCAUCAGUACAAAGAUGCCGCUGAUUUUUGAUCGAAAGGAAUCAUUUGCACACAAGGACUGGGCCAAGCUCACGUGGUUUACCGAAAAUCAGGAGUCACACUUUGAAAAAUAUGAACUGUGCGUGAAGUUACUGACAAAUGAGAGUCAGAGAGAAGUGGGAUACGGUAGGUGUCAGGAAGUCACUUCCAACACCUGCGUGGUCCAGGACCUGCAGCCUGGCAGAUCCUACCAAUUCACCAUUAGACGCUCAGAACUGCAAACGGUUGUCUUCAGAAAAUGGCACGACAGCAUUACACUGAAGACAAAACCGAACGCUACUGAGGGCGCGGAGAGCAGCGCUUGUGCACCAGAAGGCUGA